AUGGUAACGCUUCGAAGUAACAAAGAGUACAAUCCAACACGCAAAACUCCAACCAAAAAGGCUGGAAAGACUCCUCGAAAGCCCACUCCAUCCAAGAUCAGCAGUUCCAGCAAAUCAGGUGAGAGCAGUAGAAGCAGGACAUCGCAUCAACACGUGUGGCCAUUGCUCCUAGAGGACAUCGAGGUCAGUGGAGGGAUACAACGACUCGUCUUAGAGGGCGGUCAAUCGCUGGAGAGGCUCCUCAAGGACGUUAUCGCUGCUGACGAGGCCAACCCUACAGGUGGAAACAAGUUGGAACUCUACGGUCGGAAAGGUUCUGCCGAACGAGAAGUAAUUCGCAUGCAAGUGAAUCGUUGGAAGAAACAAGACGCCAAGCAAUACAGAUCAACUCUGGAAAGAUACAACAUCCUGGCAUUUGCAAACCGAACUAUAAAGAUUGAAGACAGCUUGAUAUCGGCACUUUCCACUGAUUACGAAGGAGACGAUUCGGAUUCCUCCCUAGCUUCAUCGCGGCCUCCAACCCUUGCACCUCCACAAACACAACGAAAGACAAAACAACGUCUAAAGUAUCCUCCACCAGCCACCAAGCGUCCUCCUGCCCCAGUCUCCAAGUCUUUGCCUAUCGAUAAAGCAACACCAAGUACAACUCACCCCUUGUUGCCUCCCGAAAGCAGCAGUCCACAAGAACUCGAACAACUCGACGAGAGCAACAACACGAUGUCCGACAUGUCCGAGCCUAAGGUAUAUAAUCCAGAAAACAAAGACCCAAUGCACACUUGGCCUUUCGUGGUAGUCAAGAUCAAAAGCUUGGAGGGUGUGGAUGAACAUCAAGGCGAGCUAUAUGAUGGAUUCAUGAUUCUCCUGAAGUUCAAUCCUCAUUUCACCUCAUUGGAGGAAAACCGUCUUGCGAACGAGUUUUAUCGUUGCACUCUCAUCGAGGAGGGUCUGCUGAAAUUUGAGAUGCCGAUGCAAAGCUAUCUCCUGAUGAAGCAGCCCGAGUGCUUCUCCAUGGCAACUGUAGGUCAUGCUAACUUUCAACUGAACCGCCAACAGGCAUUGUUCACAGCAAACAAGAACUACCAGGACAUGAUCAACAAGAAUGAUGGCAAGGACCCAGUCCAGGAACUCUACCUGCAGUUUCCUAAGUCUAUUACACUCUCAGCAAAGCAUAUCAACAGACAGACUGAAGAGGACCGAGAAGCCAAAAUCGAAUCGCUUACUACUCAGUUCGAUUGGGGGAAAGAGGAACAUUCAGCAACUUCUGGGGCCCAUGGGCCUUUCUUUGUCAAUCACGAAUUUGUAGUCUUCUAUGAUAUUGCCGACCUCAACGUUGAUGCAACCAAUAAGGCGAAAGCAGCCGCAAAGAAGAAGGCUGCAAAGGUUUCCAACGUUGCGAGUGCACUUUCAGAGCUGAAACUUGAUUCUGGCGCUGCCACUAUAGCGGGUUCUCCGAUGGUUACUAGUCCCAAGUCCAUUGAUCUUUAUCCAUAUGGAAAGCCUCAAACCGCUGAUCCAACGACUGAUGGCGCCAUUGGGGUAGCCCCGUCGCCUCGCAAAGGGCUCCAUCAAGAAGAAAGAAAGGACCAAUAUAAGCACCACGAAGGAAGACCGGAUAUUGUUGCAGAGACUUUGAAGAGGUUGAAAGAAAAUCGAAGCGCGAAAGUUGCUGAGAAUCGAAAACGGGGAGAUUCUACUCCCUCUAGCCAUGACAAGUCUCAAACCGCUGGUCCAAAGACUGCUGGUGCUAGUGGGGUAGCCUCGUCGUCUCACAAAGGGCCCCAUCAAGAAGAGAGAAAGGACCAAUAUAAGCACCACAAAGGAAGACCAGAUCUUGUUACUGAUACUUUGAAGAGGUCAAAAACAAAGCGAGACAAGAAAGUUGCUGAGAAUCGAAAACAACGAGCAGAUGCUGAUGCUGAGACUCAUAAAGGAGUAGAGGACGACCGGUAUGGAAGGAAGUUUCUGAAUGAUACCUUCAAGCCGACUCAUGCUGAGAACUGUGCUACAAAGAAUUGCAUGUUUUGUCGGCAGCUGGAUGGGGCAUUUGCACAAUCACUUGAUGAAACAGAAUCCUGUAUGCGCAAUACGUUGCAGGAAGGGCGUGAGCUUACAAGCCAAUCAGUAGUUGUUCCUCCUAGAGAGCAUCGAGACCAAGACAAUGGUGGUGUUGCAGGACCACGAGGUGUUGAGGAUGACGACGACCUACUUCAACAUGCUGAGCCAGGAGAUGAAGAGGAUAAAGAUGACUACUAG